AUGGAGUUGUUAACUCAAGCAAAAAAUGAGGCAAAACAGAUUCUUUCAAAGCCAUACCAAACAAUAUAUCAGUGCUUAACUCUAGCCUGUAUUGUUUUAUCAGCUCUUAUGCUUUGGAGAGGUCUUAUGGUUGCAACUAAUAGUCAAAGUCCAGUAGUGGUAGUUUUAAGUGGAUCUAUGGAACCGGGGUUUUAUAGAGGCGAUAUAUUGUUUUUAUAUAAUAGAAAGCCAAUUACAAUAGGUGAUAUCGUUGUUUUUUCAUUGGAAGGAAGAGAUAUUCCUAUAGUGCACAGAGUCUUAUCUUAUCAUGAAGGACCACAAGAUGGGGAAAUCAGUAUUUUAACAAAGGGUGAUAAUAAUGAUGUAGACGAUAGAGGAUUAUAUAAUGAAAAUCAAUUCUGGCUUAAUAACAAACAUAUUAUGGGAACAGCUGUUGGGAUUAUUCCAAAAGUUGGGAUGAUCACAAUUUGGCUUAAUGAUUAUCCAUGGCUUAAAUAUGCUCUUGUUGGAAUGAUGGGGCUUACUGUUUUACUUGGAAAAGAAUAA